AAGCCAUGUUUGGAGGGGAAAGAGAGGAAGUGGCGUCCUCUUCCCUCGCCCAAGAAAGAUGGAGUGGAGGCCGCAGGACCUCUAACUGAACCCCCGACGCCCAGGAGGGGCAGGGGCCUGUCCAGUUGGGACAACUGCCCAUGGAGCUACUGUAGGUUAAGCCCACAGGUCGCAACUUCACUGCCAAAAUGUCACUGUCUUCUCCUACUGCACAUUGUUCAGCAUCUGAAAAUGCGUGUAGGAUUUCGCCAGGACAAGUCCAUCAGGUACGACCAAAACCGCAACUGCUGAAGAUUUUGCAGGCAGCAGGUGCACAAGGUGAAAUGUUCACAAUGAAAGAGGUCAUGCAUUAUCUAGGGCAGUAUAUAAUGGUGAAGCAGCUUUAUGAUCAGCAAGAACAGCACAUGGUAUAUUGUGGUGGAGAUCUUCUAGGAGAACUGCUAGGACUUCAAAGCUUCUCUGUGAAAGAUCCAAGCCCCCUUUAUGAUAUGCUAAGAAAGAACCUGGUCACAGCAACUGUUACAGAUGCUGCACAGACUCUCGCUCUCGCACAGGAUCAGAGUAUGGAUAUUCCAAGCCGAGAUCAACUGAAGCAAGGUGCAGAGGGAAGUUCUAGCCCCAGGAAGGGACCUGAAGGUGAUGCUCCUGCUUUGUCUACCUCACAGCGCAAACGCCGAAAUGUAAGAUCAGCUUCUAUAGAUGAAGACUUGAUAGAAAAUUUAACCCCGAACAAGUCACCUAGGCUAGACCUUGUGUUCGAGGAAUGGGAUGUAGCUGGCCUGCCUUGGUGGUUCUUAGGAAACUUGAGAAACAACUACACCCCUAGAAGUAAUGGCUCAACUGACUUACAGACAAAUCAGGAUAUAGAUACUGCCAUUGUUUCAGAUACUACAGAUGACUUGUGGUUCUUGAAUGAAUCAGGAUCUGAGCAGCUAAAUGUUGCACCAAAAGUUGAAGCUACUGAUACUGAACAAACAAGUGAAGGAGGGAAAGAGGGUGACAAAAAGUUGAUUGAAGUUAGGAUAUUUGAUGACCUUGAGGACUCUCAGUGCUUAAGUGAUGACACAGAUACAGAAGUUACCUCGGAGGGCGAAUGGCAGUGCACCAAGUGCAAGAAAUUUAACUCUCCAAGCAAAAGGUACUGUUUCCGAUGUUGGGCACUGAGAAAAGAUUGGUAUUCAGAUUGCCCUAAGCUAUCCCAUUCCCUUUCUGUGUCCAAUAUCCCUGCCAUGCCAGUGAGGAAAGAUGAUGGAAUUGAAGGAAUUGAUGUCCCUGAUUGCCGAAGAACCAUUUCGGACCCUCUUGUUCGGCCCAAAGAACCAUAUGAGAUGGAAGAAAAGCCCAAACUUCUGGACCCUUGCAGCUCAGUGGAAUUCUUGGAUUUGGCCCAGAGCUCUGAAAGCCAGGAGACCAUUUCAAGCAUAGGGGAGCAGUCAGACAACCUUUAUGAACAGAAUACAGAUGCAGCAGCUAUGGAAAAUUGCAAAAAUCUCUUUAAGCCAUGCAAACUGUGUGAGAAGAGACCACGGGAUGGGAACAUCAUUCAUGGGAGAACUGCUCACUUAGUGGUUUGUUUUCGCUGUGCCAAAAGAUUGAAGAAGACCAGGGCUCCGUGUCCCAUUUGUAAGAAAUCAAUUCAGAUGGUUAUCAAAAUUUUUGUGGCAUAGACCCAAAAGUUAACUGAGUUGUAUAGACCUGAUAACCAACCAUGUGGUCCUAUCAUGUCCCUCUUGUUUCUGUGCCAGUCCUGGUAAAGUUACCAGGACUUUGAGCAGGAGGUCUUUGGGUUGACUAGAUAACUUUUCCUGAAGAUUCUCUUUUGAGGUUCUAUUAAAACGGAUAACGUCUUCUCAGAAAUUUCUCACCUGAAUGAAAAGUACACAGAAUAAUAGCUGCCCUUCUUUCCUCCAUAGGUUGAGGUAAAUAAGGAGGGAUUUGAGAGGGACAAGGGGCCUAAAUAAGCAUGGCACAAAUAGGAACCUUCUUUUCUAAGUUCUUAGGGAUUUCAGGUUCCUGGAAAACUCUUCCUGUUGAUAAGAGUCUCUAACGCCCAAAGUGAUUAGGAAAAAAUUGAAGCUGACAAUUUGAAAACACAAAUGUUACGCUUAAGAUCAUUUCCUCAGCUUCUUGGAGUCAGGUUGUUCAAUUAUAAGGAGGACAAUGUUCUUGAACAAAGCAGAGUAGCCAGUGAUGCAUCUCUUUUCAUUGUUCCCUAGACUGAGUCAUUCUUUUUCUGAGCCACCUUAUGUUAAAGUGCUAGGCUACUUGGGAACCCUGCCUUCUUGAAAGAGCCUGGUCAUAGAGCCGUAGAAUAAGAACCUCCCAGAUCUAAAAGUACCAACUCUCAAUUUUCAAAUGAAAAAAGUAAAGUUCCAAGGUCACACAGCGUGUGACAGAGCUAGGGCCAACAUUGUAUAGAAUCAUUUUGAAGAAUAUCACUGUUCAAAGGUUGCCAUAAGAGCCUAACAUUGAGUGGUUAACUUUUGGUCUUUAACACUAAUUACAUUACUUUACUAGGACAGCUGACUUCUGAAACUAGAGGACUCUAUAUCCUGUUUAUUCUCUAUUUCCUCAUGAAAAUGUGCCUCAGGGUUUGCAACAGCGCUGGCUUUUUCUUCCUCCAAUUUUUCCAUACCAAAAGGUGGCAUAUUUUUUUAUAAAUACGUGUGUUUGUGUGUGUGUGUGUGUGUGUGUGUGUGUGUGUGUGUGUAAAAUUUUAUUUUGUGGGGCAGUGAGGGUUAAGUGACUUGCCCAGGGUCACACAGCUAGUAAGUGUCAAGUGUUUGAGGUCAGAAUUGAACUCAGGUCCUCCUGACUCCAGGGCCAGUGCUCUAUCCACUGCGCCACCUAGCUGCCCCCUAAAAGGUAGCUUUUGAGAGAGGUUAUUGAGGUUUCUGAUUAGGGAUUGACACUACUUUUACUAAUUAAUGGAGAAUAUAAUAGGUUGAGUCCUGUAGAUAUUAACCACCUCUUCUUUUUUUUUUUUAAUGUUUUUUACAGAUUUAAUAGAAUUCCUAAAUUCCCUACUUUAGAGAAGGUCAUAAGUUUUAGAACUUUAAGAAGCUUCCACAGGUUCACAUAAGUAGCAGAUUUGGGAUGAAAACCCAAGUAAGUGAUUCCAAACCACUGCCUUUUAGCUCCAAAAUCAGUGCUAUUUCCAUUGUACCACACUGAGAAUCCUGCUCCUCAACCUACCUGAUUAUACAGUUCAGUAUAUAUUUUCUAAUAUUCCAUUGCUUAUGUUUAAUCUUUUUUUUAAUUCAGUAUUUUUUUUUGUGGGGCAAUGAGGGUUAAGUGACUUGCCCAGGGUCACACAGCUAGUAAGUGUCAAGUGUC